AUAAAUCCACCUCUGUAUAUUCCGUCAGUCCUUUGCUCCACGUAAAGCUGCAGUGUCUUCAAGUCCAGGCUACAAAGUAGCUUCGACUUCUUCUUCAGUCAUGGCUGACCAGGCUUUUGUGACGUUGGCUACCAAUGACAACUAUGCUCGGGGAGCCAUGGUUUUGGGCAAGUCCCUGCGCAACCACAAUACAUCCAAGAAGCUGGUGGUACUCAUUGGUCCACAAGUGUCAGAGCCUUGCCAGUCCGUGCUGAAGAGGAUCUAUGAUGAGGUGAGGGAGGUGGAUGUGCUGGACAGUGGCGACACAGCUCACCUGGCCAUGAUGAAGAGGCCUGAUCUGGGCUGCACCUUCACCAAACUCCACUGCUGGACCCUCACACAUUACUCUAAAUGUGUUUUCAUGGACGCAGACACACUGGUUCUUUCAAAUAUAGAUGAACUAUUUGACAGAGAAGAAUUGUCAGCUGCUCCUGACCCUGGGUGGCCCGACUGCUUCAACUCUGGUGUGUUUGUUUUUCAUCCUUCUAUGGAGACCUAUGACAAACUGCUUCAGUAUUGUACAGAACACGGCAGCUUUGAUGGAGGAGACCAAGGUGUUUUGAAUGGCUUCUUCAGCAACUGGGCAACAGCUGACAUAUCAAAACACCUUCCCUUCAUCUACAACCUCAGCAGCAUAGCCAUCUACACUUACCUUCCAGCAUUCAAACAAUAUGGUGGCAAUGCUAAGGUGGUCCAUUUCCUAGGGAAGACCAAGCCAUGGAGUUACACAUUUGACCCCAAAGCCAAACAGAUCACAGGGACUGUGCAUGAGGCCACUACACAUCCCAACUUCCUCCUGGACUGGUGGACCUUGUACUCCAGCGCUGUGGUGCCCAUGCUGCAUGAGCAAUAUGGAGACCAGCCGUUUCACUCCGGAUGUGUGGAGUUCCAGCAUAGUGAAAAGGUCACUCACACAGUGGUCACUUUUGAGAGUGAACAGGUUGUUGCGCAGGUUGAAAGCUUCUCUUCACAUGAACAAGUACCCGAACCCCAGCUGUCCUCAGAACAACGGAAAGAGAAAUGGGAGCAAGGUCAGGCAGACUACAUGGGAAUGGACUCAUUUGACAAUAUCAAGAAAAAGCUUGAUACCUUUCUCAAAUAAAGAAGGAAUGAAGUGGAAUAUCAACAGAGCACUUGCAGUUUAACAAACUCACGACAGGUCUUUCAAGAAACAGGUCGCAUUUUUCCUUCCUGUUUCUCAACUAGAAAUGAGUUGAGUCUCUCCCUCCACCAGCAAUUCCCUCUCCACACUCCAAAGACAGAGCCAUUUAAAUGGGGAAAUUAAGAGUUAAAUUUUAUCAUUGGCUUUAAUUGUCUGUGCAAGACUGUCAUUAUCCAGUGUACCACAGGUAUCUGUUCUGCUCCACUGAGAGGAAAGUCAGGAAAAAUUUAUUAUAACACGAAUUCACUUUUUGGAGUUACAUGGAUUAAAACUUAGCAUUUUUUCUUCUUAGUGCUCUUUUUGAAAAAGGUGAUGGUAACAAGAUUUGAACUGGGCCUUAUGUAACUGUUACUAAGCAUUGGAGUCACUUAUAUGUACAUUCUUAAUUUUUCCUUCUUUUUUUUUUACGAUACAGUCAUCUAGCAAUCUUCUGAGCAUUAAUAUUUUCUUUUCUCUGAAGUUUAUUUCUCUUGCUUUUGAGCUGAACAGCCACUGUUUAACAUAAAUAUAAAACAUGUUUACAGCACCUCUAAAUGCCAUAGACGGUCAUUUAGUUGCCAUACAUAUAGAUCCUCAGUGCCUUAGUGUCUUGCUCUCUCCACUGCCAUCAUCUUAUCUGUUCCUGGCUAGCAGCUUUUCAAUAUGUGAUUAGGUUUUUAACUUUCUUGCAUUUUACUUGACCAGGAUGUUGGCUGUACUACAAAAUCUUUCAUCUGGAAACAUUAAAAACAUGAAAAGUUG